AAGCACAAUGGAGAGAGCGCAAAGAGCAGCAGGGAAAACCCUUCUUGAUAUUUUACAACACUCGCCCAGCUCCAGCAGCGUCGUUCGAACGGUGUUAUCUGUGUUAUCUCGUGCGAAGAGCCAAACGCGACAGACAUGCGGACGGCGCUAAUAGGAUUUGUGAUAAUAUGUCUGCACGCCACAGCUACUGCAGCGGACAACGCAACCGAGGGCACAUCUAGAGAAGACAAAGUGAUGAAGGCGCCAUUUCCCCAGGGAAUGUACAACCAUCAAAACCCAAACCUCAACAGGGACAGGGGAGAAGUGAGCGAGACCGACCUGUACCUGCUGGGUGCCAUUGAGAAAUUGACAUACAGACUGGACUUCAUCGAAAAACGCCUGCGUCGCACUGAAGACUUGCUAUAUCACGUGAUGUCAGGACAAAACACGGCCCACAAACAACCAGGUGAAAAGGCGGAUCCGUGUCCGGCCAACUUCACCAGGGCGGCUGGGGGAUGCUACUACUUCAGUGCAGACCCCCUGCCAGGAUUUACGAGAGGGAGUGCCAUGGUCAACUGGAAGGCAGCGUCCGCAGCUUGCAAGGCGCUGGGACAGGGGGCCGGGCUGAUCGAGUUGCAGUCGGUUGAGGAGACGCAGGAUAUUGUCACACAUUUGAAGAGUGACCAAAAAUUGAGAGACAAAAGCUACUGGACAGGCGGUUUGAACCCUGGGCUUCUGUGGAUUUGGGCGGAAAGUGGGCGUCCUGUGUCAGCGAACGGUGGUCACAAGAAAGGAAACAACAAGAAACAAGAAAUCCGAGGCAAUGGCAGGUGUCUGAUCAUAGGCUAUGUUCCCGCUAACCGAGGAUACAACCUGCUCGGUUCGGACUGUUCGAUGGAGCAGCACUUCAUUUGUGAGGCUGAAGACAACACCACGGAACAAGCACUGGACAGAAUCCAACGGAAUCUAAAAUUGUUUGGGACGGUGACGAGUGAAUAAAUCAAAGACUUCAUUUUAAGCUCA